CCCCACCGCGGCCCGGCCGAGGCUAGGCGGUCCCUACCGCUGGGCGGCCGCGGCUCCCAGGGCCCCUGCUCCCGCCUGACGGAGCUCUGGGCUGGGCCGGCCUGGAGGCACCACGCUAGUGAGUGGCCUUAUUCCCAGGAGGUUUUCGGUGGGCGUUGGCGACCGAGAGAAGCUCCUGGGAGGGACCUAGGGUCGCUUGAAAGAGGUUGCAUUGGAGCCUCUGCGCCCCAGAAACGGGCCCCUGAGAAUGAGGUCGAGGAAGGCGUCUUGGGCAGCUGAAAUCUAUCCCGACAGGCGACACAUAACACUCGAGAGCUCCCACUCUAGAACUUUAGGCAGAAAUCGGAAAAUCAGAGGAAAUGAGAGCGUCUUAGAGCAGCUGGGGGCCGCGGAAUUUACUUACCCUCAUGGGUUUUGGAGGAGACUUGGCCUGUUUGGUCCAAAGCCCUUUAGGGAGACUGGAAAGGCACCUCAAGAGAGAGAGUGCUGGAGAAGGGUUAACUGAAAAGGGAUCGGUCGUUGGAGCUGAGUAACUUUUUUCCUACAGUCUUGCUGGACAGGCUAGUCUGCAUCUUGCAAAGUGGGCUUGAUUUUCAUGGCUUUUUCUCUUUCCCUAACUCGGCCUUCCCAGGAAUCUGGCCUUCCCUGAGUGGAGGAAAUAACCAAAUUCCAGGAGACUUGAAUGAAAAUUCUGUGGAGAAUCUUCAAAGAGAAAGGACUUCAAGAUCUCUUACAUGAGCUUUCCUGCUGGCUAAUUUUGGAAGAGAUGGCCAGUGUAAUAACUGGGAGUCAGGAUUAUACUGUGAACCUUCAAGGGGAAGUGUAUAGAGACCCUGAACUAGAUCUUUCCUCUUGUCAAAAGUGGGGAGAAUCAUCUCAUAUUUCCAGAAACAAGAACAUUGUGGUGACUCUUCAAAGUGAUGAUUUCAAAAAUAAUGGAAGUGAAAACUACUUGUCUUUGAAAGUCCCAAGCCAAGUGAUGACACAAGACUCUUCAGUGACGUUCUGUAAGAAUGAGCCUCAGGAUCCUCAGGAAAGCAAAGGUCUCUUUGUAACUAGAGAAGGAACUGAGAGAAAAGUGAUAAGUGGGGGAAGUCCUCUCAUAGACCAUUGUUCAGACAACCUUCAGGUUAAACUUGUGUCUGAUGUAACGGAACUGGUCUCGCCAGUGCUCAGUGGCAAGGCAACUUGCCAGAAUGGCCAGUCAAAAGAAUCGUUGGAUCCCUUUGACUGUAACUGCAAAGACGUUUAUGGAUGGAAAUCACGGUUGGUCACUUGUAGUCAUCGGAGAGCUCAGACAGAGGAGAAACUCUGUAACCAUAAUGACUGUGGGAAAAUGUGUAAUACCAGCCCAGAUGUUCAUCCAUAUGAGAAUAUCCACACUGCAGAGAAACUAUACAAAUGUGAUCGGUGUGGUAAGGACUUCAGUCAAAGCUCAGAACUACAACUUCAUCAGAGAGACCACACAGAAGAGAAACCCUACAGAUGUGAGCAGUGUGGGAAGGGCUUCACGAGGAGCUCGAGUCUGCUCAUCCAUCAAGCAGUUCACAUGGAUGAGAAACCAUAUAAGUGUGACAAGUGUGGGAAGGGCUUCACCAGGAGCUCAAGUCUGCUCAUUCAUCAUGCCGUUCACACAGGCGAGAAACCUUAUAAAUGUGACAAGUGUGGAAAAGGCUUUAGUCAGAGCUCCAAACUGCACAUCCAUCAGCGAGUCCACACUGGAGAGAAGCCCUAUGAGUGUGGGGAGUGCGGUAUGAGCUUCAGUCAGCGCUCAAAUCUACACAUCCACCAGCGAGUCCACACAGGAGAAAGGCCCUAUAAGUGUGGAGAGUGCGGGAAGGGCUUCAGUCAGAGCUCGAACCUUCACAUUCACCGGUGCAUCCACACAGGAGAGAAGCCUUACCAAUGCUAUGAGUGUGGGAAGGGCUUCAGCCAGAGCUCGGAUCUUCGCAUCCAUCUCCGAGUCCACACUGGAGAGAAGCCCUAUCACUGUGGCAAGUGUGGGAAGGGAUUUAGCCAGAGUUCCAAACUCCUUAUCCACCAGAGAGUGCAUACUGGGGAGAAGCCCUAUGAGUGCAGCAAAUGUGGAAAGGGCUUCAGCCAGAGCUCCAACCUUCAUAUCCACCAGCGGGUUCACAGGAAAGAUCCCCAUUAAGUGACCUGAGCCCACUCGGGUCUUCAAAGUGCUCCUACUAUAAAGACUUAAAUAUUUUUAAGAUCACCCUUACCUUUAUGAUCUAUGAAGAACAGAUAAUAAUUAUUCAGAUAUGUUCUCUCAUUGAAAAAUUAUUCAUCCUUUUAAAAGUAUUUAAGUACAAGUACUUUGUUAUGCUAUACAAUGAAUGGAUUAUUCUGGUUCCUCAGAUGGGUAGAGUGACAACAUCUGUACUUUGCAAUUCAGCUGGUGUUACUGGAACUACAUGUCCUACCCAGCAUUGUCAACUGCAGUAACUUUAUAUUUGUCUAAGCAGGACGUGUUUGCCUUUG